GAAUCAAUUAUUAGCUUUAUAUACAAAUUGAUAUUGAUAAUAUAAAAAAUUAUGAUAUAUACUUUGUUUUCUUUUUUUUAUCUUUGAUAUCAAAUAAUAAUGUAUAUUUCUUACACAACAUAUGAUUUCUGUAAAUGAAACAUAAUUCUCAUUGAAAAAUAAGUGAGAAUUCAUUUGUGUUAAUAUGUAUUCUAGCAGAUAUUAGAGCCAUAGCCACCGUAAAUUUCACUUCUUCCUCUUUUUCACCUGAUAAAAAAAGGUUCAAUUUGGGACGGUUAUUUCUUUUUUGGUCUGUAGUUUCAAACCAACUAGCUGGGUUGGUUUACAUUUUUUGAGAUUUAAGUUACAAAAUAGUUUUUUUGAAGUUAAAGAAGGGCAAACAUGUCCAAAACAUGUCCAAAAGAUUUUUUAAAAAACAAUCCAUCUCGAGAAAUGUAGCCGAGUUAAGAACAGUUUCUACCUACUGAAAGCAAGCAAACUGUGUAGGUAGCAGGUUAGCACCACGUUCCGAACGGCGAACCAAAGACAAAAAUCUCGGCGACUCAGAUCCCAAACAGCAGUUUCUCCCUCAAGAUGGAAGUCUAGUCCCUCAAACAAGCUAAGAUGAGGUCUGCUUCUCUUCUACUGAGUCCACUUAUUCUCACUCUAUUCUUCACUUGUUCUGCAGCCAUGUCAUCAGUGACGACGACCACAAUAACUCUAAAACGACAGCCUGGUUUUCUCUACUCUAGAAGCAGAGAAAGAUGCACUCCCCAGUUCUGGAGCAGCAAGAGGGAGGCAUGGCCAAGGAUGGUCCCACAGACAUCGACGGUAUUGAACGUGUUCGGGUCGGGAGCGUUUGAACGGUACAGAUCUGAUAUGACAUUGUUGGAAUCAACAGCUAUGAAUGAAGAUGCGAACGUGUUCAAUAAGUUGCUGAAGCAGGCGAGUGCUGCCUUGCUCAACUCGUAUGCUAGGAAAGGUUUUCCUUACUCAGCUUGGGAAGUGAAGACUCUGAUGAUUCAGGGGUUAGUCUCGGAAGAUGCCGCAGCUCGCCUAACCAAACGGUUUUCCAUUGCCAAUGAUGCUUGUAUUUAGUAGUAUUUGGCACUACUAGUUGAUGAGGCCAUAGUGGAAACUAGUUUCAUGCUUUUUUUUUUCUUAGAGAAAUAUGUUGAGGAUUAGUUUUCUUCUAUAAUAACAUUUGUUGUACAAUGUUUUGUUUUGUGGACAAAUUCUGCAUUGAAUAUUUUCAGGAAGGUGAUCAAGAUUUGUAGUGUACGUGAUUAAUUAUGAAGAAUAGACA